UGUAUAUAUGUAUAUCUGUAAUGUUGCGACAUAACCUCAGCAUGGCCCGAUGUUUAUCCACGUUGCUGCAAACGGAACUAAAGGAUGGAUCACGAGGACGAGUUCCUUAACAUUUUCUUCACACAGGUCGCUCAAUUAUGCUCCGAUAAGGCGAAGGAGACAGUCGAAAAAGAAAGAGAAUCAUGCAAACAGACGCAGAUGGGUCCAUGGGGAAUGCUUCUGAUGCAUUUACCGCAGAUAGCUGUGGCAGAGCGUUCUUAUGCAGAUUUAGGUUUUCUCCACACUAAAAAUAAAGGUUUUCUUAGGAAGGAUAAUUCUUUAAAGACUGUCUACGAAUCAUUGAAGUCUGACUUGAAAAGAUUAGAGGAAAUGACCAAGGGUACAAAUUCCAUUGGCACGACAGUAGCAAAUGUUUCCUAUCAGCUUUGUCAAUUCAUCACGGCAAGAAUCCAGCUGAUAGAUUUCUAUGAGAGAAUGUACAAUAUGAGUAUAAAUACCAAAGUUAUGAAACAUCAAGAAUUGUUACAAUGUAUAGAAGGAAUAGUAAGAUAUCAUUCGUUAUCUUGUUCUCAUUUGGUAUUAAUUGCUAUCAAGACAAGUUUAACAUUAGAAUGUGAAAUACUGGUACAGUUGAUGAAAGCACAGGUGGAAGUUCAAAACUGGAGGUUUUUGUCAACUCUAAUGGCACUAUAUGGAGCGCAAACACGAAUGUCAGCUUGGGAAAGAACUCUACAAAGCAAGGAGUCCUGGAAAUUGGGCUUCGGUGCGACGUUUCUCAAGGCAAAUCAACAACCAGCAUUGUAUCAAUGGUUGGUGAAGCUUCGUGGUGCCAUAUUGGCUAAAUGUUCUCUAUAUUUCCACACUACUUUAAGUCAACAAGCUAGUCCAGGAGAAAUGAGAAGUAUUAUGAGCAAGCAGAGUGUAGACUACUAUCAUAAGAUACAGAGUUUUCAGCGAAAGUACGAUAUACUGGCGGUAUUGAUAAUCUUUGAUUCUAGAGAAAUUGAAAAUUCAGGUUCGGGAUAUAGGCAUCCAGGAAGAGGAGCAAAUUCGUCUGAGAGUUUUCCUGUUGUUGUUUGUUGUCCCAACACAUUUAUGCAGAAACCAUCAGUACACUUGGACAAUAUUCAAACCAAAAUAAAAGAACGACACACAGAACUUCUUAUUAUGGACAAAGUUAUCCAUCAUAAAAGUAUGAAGGACUUGUGUACAUAUUCUUUUUAUAAUACUGAUCCCACAAUGACUCUCGUGAUCGUGUAUGAAAACGGAAAACAGAAAGACAAAGAAACUCACAUUACAUCAUUUAUGACGGAUCUCUCCUUACAAAUUAGGUGUAAUAAGAUUUAUGAAUGUCUAAAAUUGUCAAAAUAAGUAUCUCCAAAAUAAAUAUACGAAAAUAUAUUUACAAAAAUAU